GCGUUGGCCUUUGGCCUCGACUUCCACCCGACCGAGCGGCUGCUCGCCGCCGGUCUCAUCACCGGGCAGAUCCGCGUGUACAGCUGCGCCGACGACGGCGCGUCGGCCGAGCGGCGGCUCGGCGCGAAGCCGCACGCCGACGCCUGCCGGUCGGUCAAGUUCAGCCCGGACGGCGGCGCUCUCUUCAGCGCAGGCUCGGACCGGAGUGUGCAGCGGCGGGACCUCGAGACGAACCGGCCCGUGUGGAAGCUCCGCGCGGCGCACGCGUCGGCGGUCAACGUCUGCACGCCAUUGGGGCCGCACGGCGUCGGCACGGGGGACGACGAGGGCGCGGUGCGCGUGUGGGACGUGCGGCAGAGGGGGGCGGUGAUGCGCUUUGACGAGCACUCGGACGUGGUGCACGACCUCCAUUUCGAGCUGCCGCGCCUGCAGCUCGCGAGCUGCUCGUCGGACGGCCACCUCUCCGUGUAUGACCUGCGGAAAGGGCGGCUCGAGGCGCGCUCGGAUGAGCUGGAGGAGGAGCUGCUCUGCCUGGCGCCGCUCAAGGGAGGGAAGAAGCUCCUCGCCGGAUCUGACUCGGGCGUCCUCGGCGUCUUCUCGUGGGGAGACUUUGGCGACUUUUCCGAUCGGCUCACCCCGGCCCGCAAGCCGCCAGGCGGGCGACUCACCACACCAGGGGGGGCUGAGCACGCGCUCCUCUUCGCCUCCGCCGACGGCGUCCUCCGCGCGGCGUCGCUCCACCCGUCGAGGAUGCUCGGCGAGGUCGGGAGGCACGCGGACCCGAUCGAGGCGCUCGCCGUCGACGCGCAGGGGGCGCUCGCCGCGACGGCCGCCCACGACGGCACCGUGCGGUUGUGGGACGUGUCCGAGGCGGCAUUGGGCAGGCGAGCCGCCCGCAACGGCGGGAGAGCCGAGGCGGAGACCGAGGAC